UUGAAUGAUGAUUUCUCGUCGAUCUCGAGUAAGAGUGCUCUGUAGGCCUACUGUGCAACUUUCAGGAUUUACGGAAAAUGAUCGUAAAGCUCUUGGUGAAGCAAUUAGAAAUUUGGGUGGAAAAUACAUCGACUCUCCGCUGUUCAUGUCAUCUUGUACGCACGUAGUCUGUGCAGUUCCUAACGUGUCUGAAAAGUUCUUGUGUGGCUGUGCAGCCGGGAAAUGGAUUUUAGCACAGGACUUUAUCAAUGACAGUGUGACAGCUAGGCACUGGUUAAAUGAGGAGGAAUACGAAUGGAGCCCACAGAAAGUAUCCAGAAAAGGAAUGCUUAUCAAGGAAUGCUUGCAAUCAGCACCAAAAAGGUGGCGACUAUCAGAACGAAGGCCAUUUGUUGGAUUCAAGGUUUUUCUAGCUGUGAAAGAGCUGAGGAAGAGAGAGGCGUACAAACGGUUGGUGGAAGCUGGAGGCGGCUUAGUGUAUGAACACCAGAAGGAUUUUGUAUUCACUCACGUGUUUGUUGAUGAAAAUAAAGAAGUUGUGGAUGGAAGUCGACAGACAGAUGACAUCCAGACACUACCGGUCACUAAGAUCCAAGAUUACAUCUUACAAGAUUUACCUGAUACUGUAUUGUCUACAAAUUGUGCUUACCAAGAGAGGAGUAAUGCAGUGCUAGAACUUUCCCAACAAGACGACAUAGUUGAUGAUGUUAUCCAAAUGGCAGUGAUUCCAGUGCACCCCUCAAUAGAUUGCAGUGCUGAGUCCACACCAAAUGCAAGAGUUUGGAAAAUUGUUCGUAAUUUGAUUGAGGAAGGGCAAACAGCAUCUUUGACUGAUGGUUUAUUUCUUUGUUCGUAUUGCUUACCAACUGCUGAUAUUCUUCACACAUUGCUAUUCGAUGUCUUAUUGAGUGCUACUUGUGUUGAAUUUGCCAACAAAAUGUAUGCCUUGCUGAGGAAGAUUCUUUGGAGUAGCCCACCCUGGGCAAAGCAAUGGAACAGGCAAAUUUAUAUGGAGUGUUUGGUGUCACAGCCAUCUCGUGUAAACAAAGACGUUAUGACCAGUGAUGGAUGGAAUGUACUAUGUGACUUAGUGAGGUCAUUGUUAUCUGCAGACAACAGUCUGUUAAGAGGAACUGUCUUGGGAGCUACAACAGUGUUUGAGUUUCUUUUCUUUGUACUUUCUCAAGACUCUAUUCAAACUGAAAGGCAAAGUGGUCAGCUGAAGAAUACUAUCUUGUGUCAGUUAGUAUGGUCUGGUUGUCAUGGCAAUGGAACUAAUUGUCGAAUUAGAGAGAUUCUUAACAUCAUGGUUGAUGCCGCUGUUGCAGCAGACAGCAGUGUCCAUCACAGCAUGACUCUCUGCAUGUUGUGUCAACUCAUUGCCCACAUCAGCCACUACUGCUAUCUCAGUGACAUAAAAUCUAACUCAAGUGGUGCAACACCUUGCUCAGAUUCUAUUGUUGCCGAACUUACUGUUGUUAUCUCUUCUUGUUCAUGUCGGCUUUCUCACUCUGCACUGAGACUCAUUCUGGAGAGUUUGCAGCCAGCAUGGCUUGUGUUCAAAGUAUGUCAAACCAUCCUGGACAAAUUCACAACCAUAGUAGAAAGGGAUGAAAAGAGAACAGACUUGGAGAAAAUGCUGACUGAUCACAUGUUCUUGAUUCCAUCCUGGUCAUCAAACAAAUCUGUGCCACGUGUUUCUCAACAGCCAAAUGAUACUAAAACGAAGAAGAGAGCGGCCUUAGGAGAAAUUGGAGUCAAUGUCAUUAACAGCCCAAAGAGAGGACAAUGUGAGAACAACUUGGUUUCUAAGGAAAUCUCCAGAAAGAAUACAGUGAACAAGAAAAAUAAGAAAGGUGAAACUCCACUUCAGUGUGCAUGCAUCCGUGGUGAUGCUCAAGCUGUGGCUAUGUUCCUGGAAAUGGGAGCGGAUCCAAAUACUUGUGAUCACGCUGGCUGGACUCCUCUACAUGAAGCAUGCUUUCAUGGACAUACACAAUGUGUAAAAGAGUUGAUGAAACAGGGAGUUACUUUGGAGGCUCCCGCAGACGAACGCACUAGCACUGUGUGGAUUCUUACUUCUGCUCCGGAUGGCACUACUCCUAUACACGAUGCAAUAAACAAUGGACACACAGAAAUUGUGAAACUGCUGGUGAAAGCAGGCGGCAAGAGAAUUCUUGACUUCAAACAAAGAGAUGGCCGAAGAUUAGUUGACAUGGCUGUCAGUGAUGAAAUGAAAGCAGCUCUAACCAUCACAAACGUUGCACAUACAGGUGAAGCUGUUGUUGCACCCUCACAGUCUGCUUACAAUGAAAUCUUGGGUGGAGUUGCCGUUUCACUAGAAAGCUGUAGAGUCUAUUGUUUGUUGCUGGCUCAUGAGCUCAGGGCUUACUUUGAGAGCAAAUUUAUUUGCAAUGCAUCAAUCAAAAGAGUUGAUCUUAUGAAAAGUAUACCAGAAAAGGUUCAAACAUUUAGAGCUCAUCUCAAACAAGUGAUGAUGGUGACAGACUUUCCAAACUCUUUGAGGACAACUCUUCAGUGCAUUGAAACUCUGAGUUACAUAGACUAAACACAGUGCUGCGUGUAAUGACCAACUUGGUGACAGUAUAGUACGCUAGUUUGUUUUUAGUUAGUAACAGAAUUUAGUAACUUGCAAAGUUUUGAUUUAAUUGCAAGUCAAUCUUGUAAGAAGGUUAGGUGUUAUGUAACAAGCAACAAUUUCAUUAUAAGCUGUGAGACUUUCGUCACAAACACACUGUACAGAAACUGUG